AUGAAAAGCAAAAGCAGUAGAAGAAAUAAGAAAGAACAAGAACCGACGACCACUUCGAAACAGCACCGUAUACACCCCACGCGGUGUGAAGACAAUGUUCAUGUUUAUGAUCACAAGGAAAAGACAUCUGAACAUACCACAAAUAACCCACAUGAUGUCAUAAACAUCCCAAUCAUCCUAGAAGCUAUCGACUUCACUUCUACCCCUCAAAAAAUCAUCCCCUCGGAUUAUGAAGAAGAAAUUUUGAAGAUUAUUGUCAUUCUAGACGAAGCUUCUAACCCAUAUUCCACCCUUUCUGACCAAGCCGUUCUAAGAACCAACAUCCAACCCCCUUAUUUGGAUGAAAUAAUAAUGCAAUUUGGUACAAAAGUAAGUGCUUACUUGCACUCUAUGAGCUAUAUUUUCACCUUUCGUGUAAAUAUUGCUAAGAGUGAUGCAGCAUGGAUAAUCUUCAGAAGAUGGAUGAUCUCAUGCACUCUGGAGUUGAAUGAUUUAUCCUAUCUGGAUACUUCCAAGAGGUUCCAAGCGGGGCCCUUAGAGGUUAUUCAGCCUAUUCUAGAUAGGUACAUGCCUAUGUAUCUUCCUGCACUUGAACCAGUUCUACUUCUGCCUGCUCUAGAAGAAGAAGCUACUUAUGAUAUAGAAAUUGAUCCCAAAGCCUCCUCUGCUCAAGAUCAUUAG